UAGACAUGACAUUUGCCAGCACUGUAGAAUAGUAAUUCUCUCUCGACGGGAUCAGUAGCCGCUAGACUACAGAGUGAGAUACUGUAGGCGAAACACGUAGGCUAAACAUUGCUAUUAGUCUGCUUUGUUCCAUCACCGGCGCUUGCUCUCUGGAAUACAUUUUUUGACUCUCGGAAUACUGAUGUAUGUUGUUAUCAUCAUUAGCUUAUGAUGUCCUUUGCUUUGCAUUCUGCCCACUGCUAAAAGACAAACUUAUUUGGAAUGUUUUGUGUUUCUUGUCAUGUGAGAAUAGGUGUCAUGGGCGCCUUUUCAUUGCAUACAUUAUUGGAGUCGUGGUAUGCAACUGAAAUAAGGAUACGAGCACUACAUACGGCUACGAAAUAGGUCACUUAAAAGACUUUGGAGCACAGCGGCAGGUGUGCACAGUGCAGUGCCUUUGGCUGCAGAACAAAGUUGCUGCACUGGCUUCGUUGCGCGGGCUAGUUGAGUGGUUUUGGUUAGGCAAUUUGGCAUCCAAAUGAGGACUGCGCGUGACAUGCGGAGUUUGAAGUCAAGCAUCUGGGGUCUCUAACCUGUGAAAAGCCGACGCCACGCAAACAUGGGUAUGUUGAAGACAAUACGAACGUUCCAUUUCCCCGUACAACCAGCUCAUGUAGGGAUCCCGGAUGCAACAUAGAUGUCUCAUGAUCCCAUUGUUGGUGCAUGGCUGGCUGAUAGCGUCUCCAAUCAGUAUCAGUGAGCGCCCUUGUCCUCAAAGCUGUAGAUGUGAUGGAAAAAUUGUAUACUGUGAAUCCAAUGCCUUCCAGGAUGUGCCAAAUAAUGUGUCUGUGAGAUGCCAGGGUCUUUCUCUGCGCUACAACAGCUUAGUGAAUCUCAGAGCUAGUCAGUUCUCUGGUCUUAGCCAACUUGUUUGGCUAUAUCUUGACCACAACUACAUCAAUGCAGUGGACAGCCAAGCUUUCCAUGGAGUACAGAGGCUCAAGGAGUUGAUUCUCAGCUCUAACAAGAUCACACAGCUACAAAACAACACUUUCACUGCGGUCCCUAACUUACGCAAUCUUGACAUAUCUUACAACAAGCUGCAGGCCCUCCAGCCCAGUCAAUUCCAAGGCUUGCGGAAGUUGCUUAGUCUCCACUUGCGGUCCAACUCCCUGAAAAAUGUGCCUAUGCGAGUUUUUCAGGAUUUGCGCAAUUUGGAGUUUCUCGAUCUUGGCUACAAUCGUUUGCGAAGUCUUACGCGAAAUGCCUUUGCUGGGUUGCUCAAGCUGAUCGAGCUUCAUUUGGAACACAAUCAAUUUUCCAAGAUCAACUUCUCACACUUUCCACGUCUAACCAAGCUACGGGCAUUCUAUUUGCAAUGGAAUCGAAUUAAGUCAAUUAGCCAAGGUAUUAGCUGGAAGUGGACGUCCUUGCAAAAGUUGGACCUAUCUGGAAAUGAACUGCAAGUGAUGGAUGCCAGUACGUACCAAUGUCUCCCGAACUUACAGACCCUGAAUUUGGACUCCAACAAGCUUAGCAACAUAUCCCAGGAGACAGUUGAUUCCUGGAUCUCCCUCACCAGCAUCAGCCUAGCAGGUAAUGUGUGGCACUGUAGCUCUAGCAUCUGCCCCCUAGUGGCAUGGUUGAGGAACUUCAAUGGAAACAUGGAGACCGCUAUGAUUUGUGCUGGGCCUAAGAAGGCCCAGGGAGUGACAGUGAUUGAUGCAGUGGAGACAUUUAGUAUUUGUAAGGUCACUCCCACCACUCUUGUGGUCUCGACCAUAGCCUCUCUCAACACUGGAUCUCAGCCGGAGCUCCUACCUUUUCCCACUUUGUCAAGGGUUGAGCAGGAGUUGACCCGGAGUUGUACAGCCAUUCCGUGCCCUUCAAUCUCCCCUACCAGUCCAGAGCAGAACUUUGAGUAUGUGUCCUUUCAUAAGAUUAUUGCUGGCUGUAUUGCACUUUCCCUGUCAGUGGCUAUAAUUCUACUGGUUAUUUACGUGUCCUGGAAGCGUUACCCCAGUAGCAUUAAGCAGCUCCAGCAGCGCUCCAUGGUCAAAAAGCGUAAGAAAAAGGUGCAGCAAACAGAAUGCACUGUCAGCUCAUCUCUGCAGGAGUAUUAUGUGAACUACAAACCUACAAACGCUGAAACUAUGGACAUGCUGGUUAAUGGUACUGGUCCCUACACAUACACCAUCUCGGGUUCCAGAGAGUGUGAGGUAUGAUCCGCCUGCCCCCAUAUAUACGCUAUAUCAGGCAUGUGAGGUACAUUUUUCAGUGAUUACAUUUUUUCCCCCUCUUGUUGGAUAGGAAAUAUGAGUUUAUGAUAACUUUAAUCCAAAGAUUCCAGGCUAGGUCAGAUUGAUUUGUAAUCCCAGCUCAUGUUGUAAAGAGCAGUAUUCCUCUUUCAUAAAAUGUAAGAGUCAAAAGUCAUUGAGAGAGAGCAAAGCUCAAGCUAAUCUCUUGCAAUGGACUAGACACAACAGAAUGAUACCUUAAUCAAAAAAGUGAUACAUGCCAGAUCAGGUCACUGCAUUUUCCUAUGAUGUGUUAGCUACAAAGCAUUUCUUGCCGAUGGCAUUGUUUGUGGUUAAAUAAUUGAAUCUUAAUCGUUGACUCCUUUGUUUUUAUAUACAUUGCAUUCAAAGAAUGUACAUUCCUUAUGUGUGAUAUUUUAAACUAAAUGUCACUAUUGUCUUUUUUUAACUCUUUCUUACUCAGUGUGUGAUUUAAUUUUAUCUGCUUACCUACAGUAAAACGAACCUCGGUUUUAUUACAACAAAAUGGAAUCCUGCUUUUGUGAUCUGAGACUGGAGGUUGUCAGUAUGCAUUUGUAUUCAAAGUGUAGUGAGCAGUAUACUGGUAGAUGUUGAAGAAGAAAGAAGGAUCAUGCCAUUCCCUACACUACAUUUAACCUCUAACCUAUCACCACUGUUUUAGCCAGCCACCUGUGUUUCCCCUGUCUUUCAAAGCAUAAUU